AUGAAUAAAAUUUUCCAUCCCAACAUCGACGAAGCGUCAGGAACUGUAUGUCUAGAUGUAAUCAAUCAAACUUGGACAGCUCUCUACGAUCUCACCAAUAUAUUUGAAUCGUUCCUGCCCCAGCUGCUGGCCUAUCCUAACCCUAUAGAUCCUCUAAAUGGUGACGCUGCAGCCAUGUACCUCCACCGACCAGAAGAGUACAAACAGAAAAUUAAAG